AUGGAGCACCGGAGAAUCCAAUUAAUGGCUACUAAAGGCUAUUCUAUUGUGUACACAGCUGAUGAUAUACGGUUCUCAAUUCCAUUGGAAUUUCUCAGCAAAAGUGUCUUCAGGGAGCUCUUAAGAAUGUCCAAGGAGGAGUUUGGACUUCCCACCAGUGGACCAAUCACAGUGCCUUGUGAAAGUGCCUUCUUGGAGUAUGUCAUGUCAUUGCUUAGAGGACAUAUACCUGAGAGUCUGGAGAAGGCUCUGCUAACUUCCCUUGCAACAUAUCAUCGCUCAGAAUUCUCUUCUCUUGCUGUAGGACUAGGACACAGCCAUCAACAAGUACUUGUUUUUAGCUAUUGA